CUGCGGAAGUCUGGUCUGAUCUGGUCUGAUCUGGGACUGAAAACAAUCCAAAUGAAAACAUCCUAAGAAGAAAUUUAAGAGACUUAUCUCGGUUUUUCACUUUUUGAGAAAAGGAUGUUUUUACUUGGAUUGUAAUUUGUCUCAGACCAGACCAGAUCAUACCAGAACAAACCAGACCAGACUUGGAUAGUUAUAAAAAUACAAAGAAACCAGACCAACCCAGACUAGAUCAGACCAGACCAGAAUAGAUUUGGAUAGUUAUAAAAAUACAAAGAAACUAGAUCAGAUCAGACCAGAUCAUACCAGUUCCCCCAAUUUUUCAGUUUUUUGAAAAAUGAAAAAUAUUCCUUUUACUAAAGGGUCCUUUAUAUUUUGUGGAGAUUUCAACAUAUCUCAUCAUCUAGCCGAUAAAAGUCUAUUUUUUCACUAUUCACAAUUGUGCGAAACUUAAGGGCUCCAUCUGGUCUUGUUGCACUAAUUAAUUGACAGAUAAAAAAUGCAGAGUAUAAAGGAAGUUGACAACGAAAUCAUCCACAAUUGUCGAGCAAGAGGUCAGCCAGUAACGUGUGGUCUGUUCAAAGAGCAUUAGAUUCCUGUCAAAAGCUUCCACUUGAUUAUUAUUGUUGCUUAUUUGUUUGGUUUUGAUUUUCAAAAUUUUUACAUAAAAGAAUAUGGAAUUCCUGUCCAAAUUAAAAGACUAGAUCUCAGAAGUUGGGUUAGGUGCGAGGUUGUCUGUCAUGUUUCUCUAAACAUUUACGUGAAAUUUACUUUUAUAACACAUGUUUUGUUGGUUUAGAGUUUGAACAUAUUUUUAAAAGGGGGUUUAAAAAAUAUUACCGAAAUAAAAAUAAUUUAUAAGGAUAUUAUGGCCAAAAGUUACUAUCGUAUGACAUCUCGUGUAAAUUUUGAACAUAAAUUAUUACUAUUACUAUAACUAAACUUAGUACUAUACUCAAUACAUUUAAGGAGUCACAUUUUGUAAAUAAUACCCCCUAUUUAUUUUAAUCAUAAAUGAUGUAGUUAUUUCAUUUUUAACACCCUUGAAACAUGACAUUAAAUAGAGUAUAAAGUUACAAACUCAUACCAAGUAUAUAACAUCUUUUUUAUUUAAAUUUUGAACCUCUUGAAUUAUUGUUAACAACUACUAGUAAAUGACUGACUUUACGAUUUUGGGAUGUUUGUGAUGGGGGUACUCAUAUGACAUCCGUAGUACUGGUAUAUAUGAUACAAAAAGUCUUGGUGUACACCCUGGGUUACACCCUGGGGUACACCAUAUAUAAGGGUCUUCUUUUUUUUACCCCACAAAGCCAGACCUCUGUAAAAGCUAAAAACAACAAAUCUCCUCUCCAUUCCAAAAUCGACCCAUCUUUCCCGCAUCCCUUCCCGCUCCUUCGUCCUCACCCCCAGUGCCGCACACCUUCGCCGUUCAUCCUCAUCCCCAUUUGACAGACUUAACACGCCUGGCUUCUUCCUCCAUUCCCACUGAGCAGACUUCGCGAGUUCGGCUUUCUCCAUCCCGACUUCUGAACCCAGCUUUUUGUCAACACCGAAAGGAGAAGACCCCAUUGUUGGAAGACGUAGACCUCAGAGUUUCGAACUUCUUCGCGAACCAGACUGUCUGAAAUGGCGGAACGGGCGCUUCAAUUGCAAAUUGCUGUGAGUGAACAUUUUCCGGCCUCUUAUUCAUUAUGCUCCAAGUACUCGGAAGCCGCGCAGUUCCUGAAUGAGCGUUUGUCACCGGAGCAGCUGACCAUGUUUAAAGACACUCCGUGGGGGCAUUUGCUGGAUGCUCCUGAGAUGCAAUUCUCAGGCCAGAUCAUCCACAUGCUGUUGUUACGCCUAGUGCGUCAACAACCAGCCGAUGAGUUGUGGUUUUGUGUGCGCGGGAAGCUCUUGAAGUUUACUUUCGCUGAUUUUGUCCGCAUAACCGGACUACCAUCUAAUGGAGAGAGGCCUGAGUUGUCCACGGAUAAAAAAAACUCCAUUGUUAAGAAGUUUUUCAAAGGGCGGACUGAAAUUACCUAUCAGCAGUUGAAAAAUAGGAUGGAAGAGUACAAGGCUCCAAGUAAAGGUGAUCCACUACCCGGUGUUAAGCUUGCAUCUUUGUACUACACACAGUGUGUUCUGCUGUCUAGAGACAAACGGACCAAAAUAAGCCCAGAUUUUUUUAAAUGGAUUGAUGACUUUGAAAGUUUCAAGAAGUACCCCUGGGCGUUGGAAUCAUACAAUGCCACCGUGAAUCACAUGAAGUCGCUUAUGGUAGGCCAACCGAAGUUUUUCCAGGACAGCAAGAAAGACGAUCCUACGUACGACAAAAUGCGGAAUACGAUGUAUGGUUUUCCGCAUGUGUUGCAGGUUUGGGCAUACGAGAACAUACCGGACUUGGGAAAAUUAGCCGCUACAAAAGUUGGUGAAGAGGGUUGUGGAUUGCUUAACUGGAAAGCGGAACGCUAUUUUCACGCUGCAAAGCUUCAAGAAAAAGUAUUCUUUGAGGAGAGUGUGCCUGCUGACGAAGAUGGGGAUGAUUCUGUGUUGGGACAUUCGAUUGUGGUGGAAGAAUUAAAAAAACUAAGGACGUGUAUUGAAAGUUUGGACUCUCGGUUGAAAGUUGUUGAAGACAAUGUUGCUGAAAUGAAGGCGCUUGUAGUUGCACGCUUUGGAAAAUCUGAUGAAAACGCUGCUGCGAACCCCCUAUCUGGAGAGGAAGAGGUUGUUGCUGAAGGAAGGCCCCCAGUUCAUGAAGGAGGUUGUCAUACUCGUGUGAACCACAUUGUUGUAGAGGAUGAGGUUGUUGCCCAAGGAAGCCCCCCACUUGAUGAAGGACCUUCUCAUACUUCUUUGAACCCCCUAUCUGGAGAGGAUGAGGCUGUUCCCGAAGGAAGCCCCUCAUUUGAUCAAGGACAAUCUCAUACUUCUGUGAACCCUCUAUCUGGAGAGGAUGAGCCUGUUGCAAAAGGAAACCCCCCAAUCGAUCAAGCAGCUUCUCAGAUUUGUGUGACCCCCCUUUGUGGAGAGGAUGAGGCCGUUGGCGAAGGAACCCACCCACUUGAUCACGUACCUUCCUAUACUGGUGUGAACUCUCUUUCUCAAGAGUGUCAUACACCCACAAACCUCAUGCUCUGCAGUUCUGAGUUAGGUGCCGAUAACUUGCAUGAAAUAAGUGCAAAGGCCCCAUUUGAAAAUUUGGACUGGGCUGAUGUUGAUGAAGAUGGUGGGUCGGCUGCAAUAGAUGUCUUGGUGCUUGAAGACCAAUGCCGCAAAGCAAAGCUGAAAGGAAGAAAAAGAAAGUGCUCUAAGUACCAUUGUAGCCCAUUCACCGAUCCUACAAGAAAGAGGGCCAAAGUACAAAACAAGAACCGAAGCCCAACAUUUGUAGACAUACGCGAUGAUGAAUGGCUAGAGUUGAAGAAGUGGGUUGAAGAGGAUGACAACCUAGAACCAACCGUGGUUGUACUUGCUAUUACGGGCUAUAAUAAAGUGAGCCGCAAGUUUGUCCGAGAGCUGAUCGAACCGGAGGAGUGGUUGUCGAGUGAACACAUAGACGCACUUUGCUCACUCAUACAGAAGUCUAUGGUGAACAAAAAAAUUGGCCUCAUUGGUCCAUACUUUACGUAUACAAUUCUGAAUAAGGACAUUAAUGUACCUAAGCACUGGGCAGAAGACAGGUUACUUCCGCGAGUUAAUUGGUCAAGUUUUGAAAAGGUUUUAAUUCCAUUGAAUGUGGAUGGCCUACAUUGGAUCUUGACGGAAGUUGACCUUAAAGCGAAGGUGGUUAGAGUGUAUGACUCUUUGCGGAGUGCGAAAUCUAAAUCAACUGCCCAUCAUCUAUGCAUCAGACUACCUUACUUACUUAAUGUGAUAAAAUGCCCCGAAUCUGCUGCAGGUUCAGAUGAUUUCAAACCAUGGCCUGCCCAGGUUGUUCCUGAUGUACCGCAACAACGAGGGAGUUCGGAGUGCGGAGUGAUGACGAUGGCAUUUGCGGAGCAUUUGGCAUUGGAGUAUCCUUUGACACCCGGAUGUGACUACGACAACAUGUUGGACAUGAGAAGCCAGUUUGCGGUGCGCCUAUGGCGUCUAAAGAAGACUGAUGUUUGACACCGUUUAAAUGACAUUAUUAGUGUAUUUGACAUUAUGUUUUGUACAAUAGUGUUGCGCUUUUUUGUACAAGGUUGUACACUGGAAUGCCAAACUAUAAUGCUUCCAU